AUGGCGACAAUGAACCUUAUCCCGUUGGUCUUGAUUGCUGGUAGGAAUAAUCCUCUUAUUAGCCUUCUUCGAGUCCCUUAUGAUACGUUUAACGUUCUUCAUCGGUGGCUUGCGCGUAUUGUUGUUUUAGAAGCCCUCGCUCAUGUCUUUGCCUGGUGUAUUCCCAAAGCACGAAACGCCGGGUGGGAUGCAGUUCGACUGGCGUUCAUGGAUAGCUCUUUCAUCCGAGCAGGACUUAUACGCGCGGCACGCAUUGUCACCAUCCUCUACCGCAAUGUCAGCCGAGAUCAGACCACGGCCGAUAUUGAGUCCCUACCCGACGAUCUCUUAAAAAUCGCUUUGAACCUUCCCCGCCCAUGGAUUGUUACCCCAGGUCAACAUAUAUACUUAUAUAUUCCCUCCAUAUCCCUUUGGACCUCGCAUCCGUUCUCAAUAUGCUGGACCGACGAUUUCGACUCCCUCGCAGCAGAGAGGGAGACACCCGAAACAACACCAACAAAUCAGAUAUACAUCCUUAUGCGCCGUCGAACAGGGUUCACCGACACCCUAGCUCGCCGUGUUUCCGGGAGUGUGAAUCAGACCCUAUCGGUGCAUGCGCUGGUUGAAGGGCCUUACGGGGGUAUUCAUUCUCUUGAUUCGUAUGGAACUGUUGUUCUGUUCGCUGGUGGGGUUGGAAUCACGCACCACCUUCUGUAUCUGCGGAGACUUGUGCGAGGACAAGUAGAAGGUACGGUGGCGGCGAGGAGAAUAACUCUUGUGUGGGUUGUUCGAUCGCCAGACUAUUUAGAGUGGGUUGAAGAGUGGAUCGGCAGUAUAGUGAGUAUAGGGAAGGGUAAGGAGCGGGAGAGUUCACCGACUCGUGCGUUGCAAAUUUUAAUUUACGUUACGGGUUCUUACAAUGCAGAUGGGAUGGAGAGAAUCCGGUUGGGGGGUUCGGAGGAGAUACGGGUGUCAACGGGACGGCCUAGCUUUGAGAAGCUGCUGGCGUGGGAGAUGAGUAACCAGGUUGGAGCGAUGGGCGUGCUUUGCUGUGGGAAUGGGUCAUUUAGUGAUGAUGUGCGUAGGGUAUGUCGUGAGGCGCAGAGUGGGAGUAGAGUUGAUUUUUUUGAGGAGAGUUUUACCUGGUGA